AUGAAAUUUAUUCAGUGUCCAUUUAUCAACGUUCCAAAACAAACAGAUUCAUAUAACUGUGGAGUUUACAUAGGAUACUAUGCAUUUACAAUUAUGAAAGAAUCAAAUUUCGAUAAAAAAUUCAAUCCCGAUGAUUUCAGAGAUGCUAAAAAAAGAUAUCUCUUAGAGAACUCUGAAGACAUAGAUAGAGGUAUGUUUGUAUCAUGA